CAACAUUUGACCCAUAAUGGAAAUGUCCUUCCACAACCAAAUACUCAAGUUUUGGUCAAAUAGAUAAAAAUGGAUCCCUCAAAGUUGGCUAAGUUGCAAGCUGGUGCUCGUAUUGGUGGUAAGGGUACCCCUCGUCGUAAGGUCAAAAAGCCUGCCAAGUCUUCUGCCGGUGCUGGCGAUGACAAGAAGGUUCAAGGUGCUUUACAGAAAUUGAACAUGCAAACUCUUCCUGGUAUCCAAGAAGUUAAUAUGUUCAAGGAAGAUGGUGGUGUCAUCAACUUCCGUUCUCCCGCUGUUCAAGCUUCUCUUCCCAACGAGACUGUCGCUGUUUAUGGUAGACCCGAAGAGAAGUCUUUGACCGACAUCCUCCCUGGCAUCUUGAACAACCUUGGUCCCGAGUCUCUUACUGCUCUCCGCCAAAUGGCUGAGCAACUCAAGGUUAGCGAAGGCAACGAAAAGGGUGCUGCCGGUGAGUCUGGCGACAACGCUGACAUUCCCGACCUUGUUGAAAAAUUUGACGAACAAGACUAAAUUACCAACGAAAAUAAUUCAUGUUGAUUGCGUUAAUUGUACGUUGUAUACGAAAAUUGUUCGUAGAGUAAGGAAUC